GCGCAGUUUGUUGCGGGGAAUUUCUCUGUUUCUCUGCGAUUAGUUGAGGCAGGAGAAGGUUUAUUUUAUUCUAUUUCAGUAGCCAUACAGCUGCCGCGUUGUGAGGAUUGUUGAAAGAUCAUUGUCAUGACCGAGGAAUUGCGUCCACUUAGCGCCGAAUUGAGGCAAAUUGCUGAAACGGAACUAAAUGAGGUAGUGGAACGUUUACCAGCCGAUUUGGAUGCUCUACGUGAUUGGUUGUCCAAGCAGCCACAUCUCAAGGCCCGUCAAGAUUCGCAAUUUCUUGUGGCCUUCUUGCGUGGCUGUAAAUUUAGUUUGGAGAAGACCAAAUCGAAAUUGGAUCAUUUUUAUACCAUUAAAACCUUGAUACCGGAACUCUUUGCUAAUCGUGGAAUGGACGAUAAGAAUAUUUCCCUAUGUCGCACGGGAACUUAUGUACGUCUACCCAAGCCCUUGGGUCCGGGCGGACCACGUAUACAAUUAACAAAUUAUUCAAAAUUUGAUCCCAAAGUAUAUAAAAUAAUGGAUCUCUUUCGUUAUCAGACAAUGGUAAUGGAACAACGUAUUCUGCAUGAUGAUAAUUGCAAUGUAAGUGGCUAUAUAGAGCUCAUUGAUAUGUCUGCCAUGAGUUUGAGUUUUUUGGCCCAAAUGGAUUUUACGCUACUCAAGAAAAUGGGUGUUUUUUCUGAGAAGGCACAACCCACACGCAUUAAGGGUGUUCAUUUGAUCAACUGCCCCAAAGAGGCGGUGGCUGUCUUGAAUUUGGCUAAAGGUCUAAUGCCAAGUAAACUGCAGAAAAGGUUUCAUGUUUAUAAGAAUGUAGAAGAUCUAUAUAAAGUCAUACCACGGGAAUAUCUGCCCGAAGAAUAUGGUGGAACAAAUGGACGUAUAGAGGAUAUCACUGCCGAUAUAGAAAAGGAAAUGUUAGCCUUUAAUGAUUACUUUAAGCAGGAUGAACAGUAUGGAGUUAAUGAGAAAUUACGUCCAGGAAAACGUAUAAAUUCAGAUACUUUAUUUGGCAUUGAGGGAUCUUUUCGCAAACUGGAUAUCGAUUAAGUGUCAAGCGAUCUUCAAUUAAAAGCCAUAUUUUUUUUUUUUGCGAAAAAAUACAAAAACAAAACCACUUAAA